GUGCUGGCAGUUCUGCUGCUGCCAUGUGCUCGUCGCCUUGGAAAGCCAGCGACGCACCGCAAAGUCUCAGGAUGUUGUUUGCGGUGACGCAACAGGGCCUUGUUCGCAUCUCGGGUCACUGGGCAGCCGGAGGUCGAGAGAUCUUGCCAGAGCAGCAGGCCGGCGUCAACAUAACCUCCCAAGCAGAGGUUGUCUUGCAUUGGCCACGCAGUGGUGUGAGCUCGAGCGACGUCCAGGUGGAGUUCAUUUCUCAUCAGAUUUGGCCUCCGUUGCCGCCGUUGACAUCAGGCAGCCUGACCAAACGCAGUGAACGACAGCCAAGGAGUACAUGGAUUGAGCACCGCAGGAGGCGGCUUGGCACUGUUUGGGCAGAGCAGAAAGAGUUGAGCCGGGAGCAAUGGUGGCCAGGAGGAUGUUGUGGCAAAAAAUACUCACCGGCUGCACCAGACGAGGAUCGGUUGGACUCCCUUUGGCGCAUUCAAUGCGGCGUGGAGUGGGGUGAAGAUGCCAAGCCUGACUCCGAAUCUGACAAGGACGGAGCAAAACUUUUGACCGAGCUGGGCUGUUUGCGUUGGGCACCGCCCGUGGCCUUGCCUGCACUGGAUCCUUUGCAAAGACUACGGCCAAGGUCAGCAAUGAAAUUGAGUCAACUUGGCAGAAUCGGUGGCCGCGUGGCAGUGCUGGUGGGCAAUGGGCCCGUCGGCCUGCUGGGCCCAGUGGCCAAAGUGCCACAACAGGACGUGACCAAGCUGCCAGAGGAGCUCUGCCAAGCCGCGGAGAGCGCUGCCUGGGCGGCGGCCUCGGCCGCGGCGGUGGCGCCCAAAGUGGCCACGCGAGUUUUGGAGGUAGCCUUGCGCUGGAACCCGCAGCAGCUUCCAGUGGCAUUCUUUGGAGCAGUUUAUGCUGGUAGCGGAGGACUGACACAGGUCGAGCUUCAGCGCCAGUCCUGGCUGGUGGCUGCAGCAGCGCGAAAGAUGCGGAGCAUGCAUCAGGCACAGCUGCAGUCCUCCAUGAUGGCAGCGGGCAAGUGCUGCGAGAGCUUGCUCUUUUGGACCGCCUGCAGGGAGAGAAAGCGGUGGCUUCGGAAUUCGGAGCGAACGCGGAUGGGUCUGACAUUCUUGGGCGAACACCCCCCUCAAGAGGCAGAUGAUGCUGCGGAUUCUGAUAUUUCUGACGGUACUGGUUUGUGGCACGACCCAGUGAGUCCCCAAAUCUCACGGAGGAAUGAACGCGACGGUCAUCGUAGCAGUGAAGGCAGUGCCAGCACUUCCAGUGACAAAGUGACUCCCUUCUCGCGUCCCUCCACUCCGCCAGUGAUCAUCACCGAAAUUAACGGUGACGGAGACUUCCAUACAUCAGGUUUUGGCCAGCAAGUGCUGGCUUCAAGUUCACCAUCUGAUAGCGAAGGACAGAAGCACAAGUACCUGAAGGAGUUUUUGGACAAAGCGGCCAAGAAUCCCGACUUGUCAGAGUUAGCCAAAGCAUUGGAAGAAGCCAGACAAGGUGCGGUGCAGCCAAAGGACCUGGACAAAAUGCAGCAGUGCUUUGAGCAGCUCAUGGCCCUUCAGAGGGCUGCCCUGGGCUUGCUAGAGGCCAUUCAGAGCGGCAGCAUCAGGCAAUUGUCUUCGCGCCUGAGCAUGGCGCGAGAACUUGGCCUUGAGAAUGCUGCCUUUGCAGAUGCCACAGGCACCGGAGUGGUGCAGCUGGCCAUUGCAAAACUUGAGGAUGAAAAGGCUGCGGUCCCCUUGCGGCUUGACGCCGCACUACAAGCCUUUGCAAGGAAGCAAAGCAAAGUGCUCGGGGUGGGAAUGAUCGCCUUGCAACGAUGCAUCGACCAAGCUCGAGCUGCUGAGAUUCAGGACCACGUGAAGAUCUACAAGGUAGAAGCCAAACUCCACCUGCUUUGCGAGCGCAAGCGCGAGAUUGCACUCUUGAAAGCAGCAAUGGAAGUGGAGGAUGCUUGGUUGCUGAAAGCUGCAACGGAAGAAUGUAGACAAUGUUUCGGAGCCUCUUUCGGCGUUGACUUGACUCGUGCCAAGUGCCAGCUGGAGAUUUGGGAAAAAACCCAGGAGGACAUGCCAGUGGCACAAGAUCGCCGGCCUAGCUGCUUCAGGCCUGAUAAGCCUUAUCCUCAUCCUGACUCUUCGACAGAUGGGCUGGCAGCCGUGCCAGUCUCGGGAGUGGUAGAGGAGAAGGCGAAGGCAGCCCUGCGAGCCGUCAUGUUCCAUGAGCCACCGCAGGCCGAGCUUUUACGUCUUGCCAUUGCCCGAGCUCGGCGUGUGGGGGUAGAGCUGCAGCAAGCCGAGCAGUUGCUGCAGGAUGAACGCGAGGUCGAGCAGGCGCUGGAGCAGCUUCGACGGGCCUCAGCUGCGCGGGAUGUGAGAGCCUUGCGCCGAGCCAUUGCGGAUUGCACGGAUGUGGGUGUGGAUCAGCGCCUACUCAUGCCUGCAACAACGCAACUGUGUGAUGCACUGAGUGAGCUGCUGAGGCGCGCUCAGCAGCAUGGCUUAGCCAAUGCCAUCCUCGAUGAGUUGGACAGGGAACGCCAGGAGUUGCGAUGCUCGGUGGCGGAGACACAAAGUGGUCUUCGCACCAUUUGCCGAGUGCGACCUCCACUGACGCAGGAACUACACGAGGCAUUGCGCAUGAAUGCCGGGCUCACCCCUGUGUUGAGGCGUGUGGAUCGCCGCACCCUGGAGAUAGCGCUGGAUGGCAGCUACGCAACCUGCGAUUUCAGCGCUGUGCUUGGACCAGAGAGCACACAGGCACAGGUCUAUGGUGAGCUCACUGGUCUUGCCCAAGCAGCCAUUGAUGGUAGAGAUGUGAGUCUCAUUGCUUGUGGUCCACCUGGAGCUGGCAUGAGCUUUACAUUGUGUGGCUCUGCGGAGCAGCCUGGACUUCUUCCACGGCUGUUGGAUGAUCUCUUCUUCAUCAAAGCUCGUGAGCACUGGCGCUCGGAGAUUCACUUUGAUGUCCAGGCCCUCGAGAUUGCGGAGAAUCAGCCGCCCAUUGACCUCCUCACUGAUGCCAGUCACGACACGAGCUUGCCGCACAUCGUGGCAAGAAGGCCGUGCUAUGGCCAAGGCCAAGCAGUUUUUGCUUCGACACAGUUGGAGGGUGCAGCCACAAGGCGUGUGGCUCAAGUGCAGGAGGUGAAAGACCUGGCUCAGGAGAUUUGGCAACGGCCUUGCCGCUCUCAUCGCCAAGCAGUGCUGAUCGUGCACAUCCGACGGACCAAUCGGCACACAGGCAUUGGGAUUCGCAGCCGGCUGUUGGCGGUGGAUUUGGCCGCCAAGCGGUCAGCAGCUGUGGAUCGCGCGGUCAGCCAAGCCAUCGCAACAUCCGUGGCCUUGCGGCGCAAGAGUACCGGCAUCGCCAUGUCCACUUGGUCGCCCACGGCCGCGCCAGAAGCACCUCCGGGCUCUGGCAGCCAGGCCCUGCGCUUAUUGUUUUGGGAUGUUUUUGGAAUGCCACUACAAUAA